UAGAGCGGGAAAUGCAGCCAGAGAAUCUUUUGCAGCAGCUUCAUCUAGGAACCCAGAAGUGCAGCGUGGGUUGUCCCGUACUCGAUCACUGCCUCAGCGGUGGCUUCCCCUGCAACUCGGUGACGGAGCUCGUGGGCGAAAGUGGUUGCGGCAAGACCCAAUUCUGCCUCCAACUCGUGCUCUCCGCUCAGUUGCCACCGUCUCGCGGCGGUCUUUCGGCGUCGUCACUAUACAUCCACACGGAGUUCCCUUUUCCCUUGCGCCGCCUUCGACAACUGUCACGCGUUUUCCGUUCUUCGCAUCCCGACUUUUGCAGCUCCGAUCCGUGUGACCGCGUGUUCGUCCACGGUAUUUAUUCCGCGGACAAAUUGGUCGACAUAAUGCCAAAGAUAGAGUUGUUCCUAUCGCACUCGAGGUCCCGGUGGCCGGUGAGAGUCAUCGUGAUCGAUUCAAUCGCUGCUCUGUUCCGGUCAGAUUUUGAGAACACACGUUUGGACCUUAGAAAAAGGUCAUCGCUAUUUUUCAAGAUUUCGGGGGGAUUGAAGUCAUUGGCAAAGAGGUUUGGAAUUGCAGUGGUGGUGACGAACCAAGUGGUUGAUUUGAUUGGUAGUGCAUCAGAGGGUGUGAAUGGAAUGAGGAUCGGGAAUCUGAGUGGGUUGUAUUCGUCGGGUAGACGUGUUUGCCCUGCGUUGGGUUUGGCAUGGGCCAACUGUUUGAACUCGAGGCUGUUCUUAUCAAUGGAUGAGAAGGUUGAUGGUGAUGGUGAUGGUGAUGGUCGAGUUUAUCAGCGAACCAAAACGAGGAGGCUGAGUGUUGUGUUUGCUCCUCAUUUGCCUGAAUCUUCUUGUGAAUUUAUGAUAAAAGGAGAAGGCGUGUUUGGCGUGCAGAUGCACCAGGCGUAA